GGAAGAACCACUAUUCGCAGCUCUGAAAGAGUUGAAAGCGCCACGCAAUGUUGGAGGCUACCAAUUCACAGCUAUCAGCGUUGGAAACGUAUUUACAAGAUCAGUCUUCUGAAAACUCAAAACAUUCAGAUCACUUGAGCCUACUUGCGCUCCAGGUGAUGCAUAACCUGCAGUAUCAACACCGGUGGACUGGCUUGGAAAUUCACACAAAGGCACCGAUAAGCGGCGUACCUUUUCCGAGGCCAAUUAUCUCAGGCCUUCCGCCCAAUAGGCUAUACGUUCACCCAGAUGAGCAGGCACAGAUAUUGAAAGAUGAGUUGGAACGGAGAGAUCAACGCUCCGAUUUGCGCUCUGAAGCUGGCGACGAAGUCAGCGCACUAGAAGCUCCCCAGAAAGAAUGGGUUCUUCCCUCCCACACUCGAGAGAAAUGGUCUUUAAAGCGGUUCGCUGAAGUAUUUGAUGCCAUGGAUGCUAAACCUGUAGAUCACCACAAGGCCUGGGAUGUCUGCAAAAGACUUGUUCUUGCUACUGUUCAGGACGACUCCACUGUUGUGUACUACUUCAUGAGCGAUGGCAUUGUAAAACCCCGUCAAAAUUAACGAGCACGACGUGGCUCCGGGGCUCAUGACCUGUCAAAAUUGUGUGCAGAUGCUGUCAGAAUUAGGAUCAUGCACAUCACACAUAGUUCAAAUGUGCAAAGCCUCGCAUCAAAUCUGUAUACAGUUCAUUUUUGAAACGUUGACGAUUGUAAUGCUCUAUUUGUGGUCCGGAUCUCAAUAAUUUGAAUUUAUACGCUAUCAAAUCGGACUGCUAUACGGCCAUGAUUCUCAUCGGCACAAUAAGCUUCGGAUACUUUUGAAAGAUGCACCUCACACCAGAAGCCCCCCACCACUGCGAAAAAAGGACUAAUAGGAGAAGUCCUACACUAGCUGAAGAAGAUUCAAUUGCUGCGAACUGCGACGCGCAAUCUCGAAAAUAAGAUACUCUCGCAGAUUCGAAGUUUCAAUCCAUUAGUUGAAAUACAUUAUCACGUAAAUAGUUUUCAGUAUCUAAAAUGAUGCUGCAAGAUUACGAAUUUGUGUGUAAUGAUCCGGCUUGAGAAAACAUAGAGUAACUAGUCGUUGUAUUUGAAUAAUGGCGCUGGCUUGAACAUGGCGUCUAAUGAUUACUUCAAUGGGUUCAGAUUUGAUGAUCG